CUCAUCUCACCUCACUCACACUACUACUACUACUACGGAUCUCAGCUAGCAGUACUCGAGUUCACUAGCUACUAGUUCACUUUCUUCAGCACCAAGUCAAGAUGCCUACCUCGACCAGAGGCUCGUCGCCGCCAAGCGCUGCUCCAAAGAGGCUGCCAUGGCGGGAGCCAAGGCCGCGGCCGUCGCCACCAUCGCAGCCGCCAUCCCCACUCUGGCGAGCGCGAGGAUGCUGCCGUGGGCGAGGGCGCACCUGAACCCGACCGGGCAGGCGCUCAUCAUCUCCACCGUCGCCGGGAUGGCCUACUUCAUCGUCGCCGACAAGACCAUCCUCUCCAUGGCCAGGAAGCACUCGUACGAGACGGCGCCAGAGCACCUCAAGAACACCUCCUUCCACUAAUUAGACACUUGAUUGGUUCAAAAAAACUAAUUAGACACUUGAUUAGCCAGUGCCCAAUAAACUGUGUACGCUGGCCCGUGGAAACGUGUGUUCUGAAACGUAUGAUGUUCAGCGACAGGGCCAGCAGGCGAGGCGACGAUGGUUGCAGUGCUGAAAGGUGGUGUACAGCCCUUCAAUUUGUGCGAGCAAGCACUAAUAAUGUGGCCAUGUUCUCCAUCUUACUACUAGUACCUUCCCGGAGAUCUUGAAUUAAUAAAAACUACUAGUUCUAAUUUUGUACAA